CUCCCCCUCCCCCCGCCUGCUUGCCAUUCAGCGCGUGCGCAUUGAGUGUGUGCAGCUCGGAGGACUGAGGCAGUGUCACCACCAACAUGCCCACACUUGCCUCUGCAUCUAGGACAUGACACAAGAGGCACAUCCAGGCCAUGGGGUCCCAUCACUCUGCCUCUGCUCAUCCCCCUUUCUGCAUUCGAAAGAAAGAAGAUAACAGGGAGAAUUUGCUGGCUGAGCGAGAGCAGGAAGAAGCCAUUGCCCAGUUCCCAUAUGUGGAGUUUACGGGUCGAGAUAGCAUCACCUGCCUCACAUGCCAGGGGACAGGCUACAUUCCAACAGAGCAAGUAAAUGAGUUGGUGGCUUUGAUCCCACACAGUGAUCAGAGAUUGCGCCCUCGGAGAACUAAACAGUAUGUCCUCCUCUCCAUCCUGCUCUGUCUCCUGGCUUCUGGUUUGGUGGUUUUCUUCAUGUUUCCACACUCAGUGCUUGUGGAUAAUGGCGGCAUCAAAGUGGAGAAAGUCACGUUUAACAAGCAGGACUCCCUUGUCAUCCUGGCCAUCACGGCCACCCUGAAAAUCAGGAACUCCAACUUCUACUCUGUGGCAGUGACCAGCCUGUCCAGCCAGAUUCAGUUCAUGAACACAGUGGUUGGCACAUAUGUGACAACUAACAUCUCCCUCAUUCCACCUCGGAGCGAACAACUGGUGAAUUUUACCACAAAGGCUGAGAUGGGGGGACUGUAUUCCUAUGUGUACUUCUUCUGCACGUUACCCGACAUCCUGGUGCACAACAUAGUGAUCUUCAUGCGAACUUCAGUGAAGAUUUCAUACAUUGGUCGUGUGACCCAGAGCUCCUUGGAAACAUAUCAAUAUGUGGAUUGUGGCUCAAAUUCCACAACUAUUUAGAAACUCUCUUGGUUCUCCCACAGCAGUGCCUGUCAGGAGAGACCCAGCACCCACACCUAGGACCUGAGUUUCCUACCUGCCGCAGGUGGUACAAGUAGAGGAGAAAUUGGUUCUCUUAGUCCCCAACGAACAUCCUCCUGUCAACUUGAGAGGAGAGUUCAUCUCUGCUUCACCGUUUGUGUUCCUCAGAACCAGCGGAAUCACUGCCCUGUGCCUGGUGUAUUUCCAGUAAAUAGGCAUUCAGAGAAGGUUUGAAGAACUUAAUUUAGCUGUUUUCUUGGGGUAUUCUAAAUGAAAACCAUUCCAUGGUUCAGGUUAUCUGACAUAGAGUGACUUGGAGAUUAGACGUUAAGGUGGCAACAGAACUGUUAUUGGGGCCUCAUCUCCACAGAAGCAGCAUCAGGGAGGGAACAUUUGAAUACACAAAGAAGAAAGCACAAAUAUAUGUAUUUUUUAACAUGCUCCCACACCCAAACACCUUGGAAUUAAAAAAAAAAAAUACUUUUUUUCUCCUGUAGAAAAUUAACUGCUUUUACCAACAGGAGUCUCUGUGGGGCUUGAUUAACCCUUUAUCCAUUGGCUGAAACAUGGAUUGGGGAUUUGGUAGAAAAAUAAACCCUGCUUUUGAUUUAUCUCUGUCUCCACUGACUGGCUGGAUGUCUUAGGCACCUCUGGGGACUGUGGAUUAGUCACGUGCUAAAUGGGUCGACACAGGCUGGGACAGGGUGUAAUGGAGCCCAGGUGGUACUGCCCGGUGAGCUCCCCUCCCAGGAAACAGCCUCCUGCCAAGGCAGCCUCACAGUUCCCCAUCGCCUCUCCUGGCAGCCUCUCCUGCUCUUCCAGAACGGAGUACUAAUGCCCCCUGGAGGUUGGGAGAGGUGGGGCGGAGAUGCCUGUGAGGGGGAGGCAGUGUUUGUCUGAGAGGAGUGACUGCCCCCACCAACUGGCUGUAGUCCUGAUUAAGAGGACCUGGUUCGAGUUUGAAAGUUUCUUGAACUCUCCACCCUCUCACCCACCAACAAAUAGACUCCAGCCCUAUGCUGGUGGAGGAUCUAAUUGGGAACUUGCGCCUGAGCUGGGCUCCAGCUUCUUCCCCAGCACUGGGUCUUCAGAAAGCUCUACCAGAGCAACAGAUGGUGGCAGGAGAUGUGUAUUAGUUUUGAUCUGCAUUUUUAAUAUCUGCUUAAUUUUUGCACUCUAAAUCUUCAAACAAAGGUUAAAUUUCAUGACUGACUGAUAACGCCGUGAUUGAGUAACCCGAAAGCUGAGGAUUAAAAACUGAGCUUCAGUGUGACACUUCAGAACAGUGUGUUCCUGACAGUGAUGCCUGUUCUGUGUGUGGAGAGCAGGACAUCAGCACUGAGCUAAAGCAAAUGUGGACCGUUUCUGAGAAUAUUGCCAUAAACAAGACCCCCUAAAUUCAUGUCCACACUGCUCUAUUUUCUCUUUAGUUUUCCCACUCUCCAAGUAAUUUCUAACAUAGUUUCUAUGUAUUUUUGAAAAAGUUACUUAUAUUCUUCAUUUUUAAAUCAUUUUGUGACAUUUGCCUCAGUGGCAUUUCUUCUCAAGAUGACCUUAAAAUCCACCUAUGAUAUUCAGAGGACAAUUCUAUUUAUUAAACAUACAAUAAGCUUGCUCUUAUAAUGCAGUGAAUCGUCGUUCUUGUUUAUAUCCUUAGCAUCCCAAACUGCACUUCAUAGUUUUAUCAUGUGAUCUGUCAAUUCUUGAACAACUCCCUAGAAUUUGCUUUCAACAACACCAAAAUAGAAAGAGGGAGGGGUCGACUCAGGGGUCAUUGCCAUCACUGUUGUAUUUCUAGUGAAUUGAGAUAGGGAAUGAGUGUGUUUCUUGAAGGUGGAACCUCGCUAGAGGUCUCUCCACUAUGGCUUCUGGCUUAGUCUGUACUCUGACCUCUCUCUUGUCCUCAAGGCAGUUAGACUGCUUGGGUAACCUGCUUAAAGAGGUGCUUCAUACUAUAGAAGUCAUGCUUCAGCUACGGAAAUCUUUGAUUUGCUCAUUUACUCGUUCCAAAAAAAGUUUAUUGAGUGCCUGCUGUAUGCCAAGGAUUGCAUUUUCUGUUGUGUUUUGUCCAGUGUCAAAACUAGAAGUUUAUAACACCAUCACAACCCUUUGAUUAUUACCAGGCCCCAUAUAGGCCACAAAUUACUUCCACCAUACAUUCUGCUAUGUUAUAGGGAGGAGAGGAAAUUACCUCUUAUCCCUCUGGGUUCUUUGAGGGCUGGUCAAAUAACCAAAUAUCAGAUUUAUAGGGGAAAAAAAUUACAUGAAUGGGGAAUCUAUAGAAGUGAGUUCUGAGGUCAGUGAGGAGAAAUAAGGAUAUAUAGUCUGAGCUAAGGAAUGGAAGUAGGGACAUGGGACUUUGGGAACAGAGGAGAGGAAUUCAUGACAGCAUAUGCUCUGUAAUCACAUGUCCUACCAUUUAGAUGUUUCUCUUAGAGGGAAGUUAGUUCUGGUAAAACCCUAGUUCUGAGUAAUACCCCCAAUUGUCGUUCUUCCUCUUCCAGAUCUCAGUUGACCUCACCUCAAAAUAAUCCACUUGCCAAGGUGACAUGUCUUGAGAAGUCCUCUUGGCAACCUCCUGGGAGGCCUGUCCUUCCUCACUUCAAAACAGGAUGCCUGGGGUCCUGGGUCAGCUCUCACAGGGAUUCUCGACCCAGGUGUGAAACUAUAAAAGGAGUCUGCCUAUUUGUAAACUCUGACUUUAAGGGUCCCAAGUAUUUUCUCUGGACGAAACAAUCCUUAUCUUUUGCCUUUAUAAGUAAACCACUUUCAUCGUUUCCACAGCACUUUCUUCCUUUGCUUGUUCAGAUGGGGAAACUCUGCCAGAAGUUGUUCUGUGAUUUACCCAGAGUCCAAGGCAGUUGAGCAAGUCUUAGUGGGAGCUCAGACUCCUUCCUCGUCAUGGAUGCUGGUCACUGCCAUUGAGAUGAAGCUCCAGAGGAAAAGGGCCCCGAGGGAGACCUCAGGUAGUGAGCCACUGGGUCCUGCUGCGGUCAGGAUUUUAUCUGAGGAUAUUCUCAAUGGUGGACGUUCUACCUUUCCUGGGGCAUCAGUGAUCGCAGCAAUUAAUAAUGAACCUCAUCAUCCCCACAGUCCCCUCAGGGCCAGGGAGAGCCAGGGAGUAGCUCCACGCACACAAGGCUGUGGCCAGGUGCCCCAGGCACGGGGCUUCCUGCUCCAUCCCUUCUCUUCCGUUGAGCUCUUUUUUUCUAACAGAGAAGUCUAUUACCUAAGGCACAGCUGCCAUUACUUCUAGGUUUACCAGGUCCCCAGAGUGGGUGGACCGUGAGGAUCACCUUAAUAUUCUGGUACAAAUGGAAAUUCCCUUACAAAAACCUGAACCGAAGAUCAUAAUCUACAAUGUGCCAGACUCCACGGCUCUGUGCCACCGUGGGAGGGGUAGUGAGCUGGGAGCGGUAGGGGCCCUGUGCUCCUUGAGUGUGGCUGACAGGUGGGAACCAAACUCACACACUGCGAUUUUAUUUUGUAAUCUGCCCAGUUCAGGUCACUUAGGGGAGAAAAGUCCAAACUGAGAAGGGGGGUGAAUGGACAUCAGGUCAGGUCAGCCAUUCAGUGCAGAGUCCUAGAGUGAGUGGGAUCGGAAAGUACUUGGGUCCUUUGUGUUUGCAAUGGACUGUGAUGUUUCUGGGCUCAGGUUUUUAUAAGCACUACAAAAUUCUUUGGCUCCACCUAUUGUCUAAGAAAAUGUUUUCAUAAGCAUCUCAGCCCCU